GUUUUCCCCCGCCCCUCCCGCACGCUCGGAGGCGCCAUGGGCUGAAAACUAAACCGAGAUGGAAUCUCCCAGUCUGAACCGGUUUGAGCCGGUUCCGAGUCUGUGGCACUAGAGGAGGAGGAGCGGGAAGAGCGGAAGGAGAAGCACCAGCAACGAAGGAAAGCAAGAGCCGGGGGGGAAACGAAAGAGCGAGUGAGAGCGAGGGGGGAUUGUGUCCGAGAGAAAGAAAAGCAGUCGCCCCACGCACUCGGCUCCUUUGCCGCCUUUACCGUGUGGGGAGGGGCGGGCGAGCGAGGGAGGAGGAACUGCCGGAGGGCGCGCGUGUGCGAGGAAGCAGAGCGGGGUUCAUUAAGCGCAGGAGUGGAUUGGCAGGAGGAGAAGCAGAGGGGUUUAAAAUAGAGAGAAGGGACGGGGCUAGGUAUGGAAGCGAACUGAGGGAAAAGCAGCCCGUGCGUUGUGGGAGCGUGAGGAAAGAAAGGGGGAGGCAGCCCAGCCAGAGACUGACCGUCUGACUGACUCCCGAGAGCGGGGUGGUGAAAAGUGCUUCUGAGUUUUUAAAAAUCUAUUUAGAGACUCCCAAACAGGCGUGGGGGUCACCUAAGUGAGCAUUUUAUAGCCUCCCCACCUAUUUAAUUUUGGAGUGGGAAGGAGCGUGGUGUGGGUGUGUUGUAGGCCCCUGAACCCUCCCCCAAAUUGGCAGAUCUCCCUCAACUUCAGUGUUCAGCGUGGCUGUAUACCUGUAUAAGGCAGUGAAGGAGGGUUCUUAAAAUCACUGUGUUUUAAUAAAUGAAAAGUAUUGUUUAUGUGAAGGGGGUUUAGGAACGCCCCCUACAACUUAAGGCUUUAAGGAAAGGGCGGGAGAGGGAAACCGAUAGAGAGUUGCUUCUUGCCUGGAAGACGUGCCUCGAAUCAAAUCGCACCCCCCGUGUGUCUUUUUCGGGGUGGUUGGAAAAGGGGGUGAAUCUUGGGUGCACAUUUGAAUGGACGGUCAAGCCCUGUUUUUUUGUAUGGGCGAAUUUGUAACUUUGAGUUUAAGAAACAGAAAGUGAUUUGUGUGUUAUUGCCCUCUCGGCCCCUUUUUUGUAAUUCACCUUUCUUUCCAUCCCCAUUUGCUAGUAAGUCGGAGAGCUGGGGGGAGGGGUGGGUGGGUUUGAAUGACUUUUGGACUGCGUAUGAAAAGAGAAAGAUACCUUCCUUUUGUAUCUGUGUUGCGGGGAGUUGAAAAGGAAGGAAGGCUGGACAGAUCUCUUCACUCCUCCUCCUCGUGCUUUUUGGCUUUGCUUGGAUUUCUUUUUUUUUUUUUUUUAACUGCUCCUCUCCACUACUUGCCUCUCUAGAAGAAGUAGUUGUGAUACUCAAUUAGUAAUCUAUGCCAGCAAUUAUGACAAUGUUAGCAGACCAUGCAGCACGGCAGCUGCUGGAUUUCAACCAGAAAUUGGAUAUAAAUCUGUUGGAUAAUGUGGUGAACUGCCUGUAUCAUGGAGAAGGAGCCCAGCAAAGGAUGGCACAGGAGGUCCUGACUCACUUAAAGGAACACCCUGAUGCAUGGACAAGAGUUGAUACUAUUUUGGAAUUCUCUCAGAAUAUGAACACCAAAUAUUAUGGCCUGCAGAUCUUGGAAAAUGUGAUAAAAACAAGGUGGAAGAUCCUUCCAAGAAACCAAUGUGAAGGUAUCAAAAAGUAUGUUGUUGGCUUAAUUAUCAAGACCUCCUCUGAUCCAUCGUGUGUUGAAAAAGAGAAAGUAUACAUUGGGAAAUUGAAUAUGAUUCUUGUUCAGAUACUAAAACAAGAAUGGCCAAAACAUUGGCCAACAUUCAUCAGCGAUAUUGUUGGGGCCAGCAGAACAAGUGAAAGCCUUUGCCAGAACAACAUGGUUAUCUUAAAACUACUGAGUGAAGAAGUUUUUGAUUUUUCCAGUGGACAAAUAACUCAAGUGAAAGCCAAACAUUUAAAGGACAGCAUGUGCAAUGAAUUCUCACAGAUAUUUCAGCUGUGUCAAUUUGUGAUGGAAAACUCUCAAAAUGCUCCUCUCGUUCAUGCAACAUUGGAAACUUUGCUUCGAUUUCUCAACUGGAUUCCACUGGGCUAUAUUUUUGAGACCAAAUUAAUCAGUACGUUAAUAUACAAAUUUUUAAAUGUUCCUAUGUUCCGAAAUGUGUCUUUGAAGUGCCUGACAGAAAUUGCUGGUGUCAGUGUAAGUCAGUAUGAGGAACAAUUUGUCACACUCUUUACUUUAACCAUGAUGCAGUUGAAACAGAUGCUUCCUUUGAACACCAAUAUUCGGCUAGCAUACUCCAAUGGAAAAGAUGAUGAACAGAAUUUCAUUCAGAAUCUCAGCUUGUUUCUCUGUACCUUUUUAAAAGAGCAUGGUCAACUUAUAGAAAAACGUUUAAAUCUGAGAGAGACAUUAAUGGAAGCUCUCCAUUACAUGUUGCUGGUAUCUGAAGUGGAAGAGACUGAAAUCUUCAAGAUUUGUCUGGAGUAUUGGAAUCAUCUGGCUGCUGAAUUAUAUAGAGAGAGUCCAUUUUCAACAUCAGCUUCUCCAUUGCUGUCAGGCACUCAGCAUUUUGAUGUUCCCCCCAGGAGACAACUUUAUUUGCCUGUUCUGUCUAAGGUGCGAUUGUUGAUGGUUAGCCGCAUGGCAAAACCAGAAGAAGUACUUGUUGUAGAAAAUGAUCAAGGGGAAGUUGUUCGAGAAUUUAUGAAAGAUACAGACUCUAUCAACUUAUACAAGAACAUGAGGGAAACACUAGUUUAUCUUACCCAUCUGGAUUAUGCAGAUACUGAACGAAUAAUGACAGAGAAGCUUCACAAUCAAGUAAAUGGUACUGAAUGGUCAUGGAAAAAUCUUAACACCCUAUGUUGGGCUAUAGGUUCAAUAAGUGGAGCAAUGCAUGAAGAAGAUGAGAAGAGGUUUCUUGUAACAGUAAUAAAGGAUCUUCUUGGACUCUGUGAGCAAAAGCGAGGAAAAGAUAAUAAAGCUAUUAUUGCAUCAAAUAUAAUGUACAUAGUAGGACAAUAUCCAAGAUUUUUGAGAGCCCACUGGAAAUUUCUGAAGACUGUCGUCAACAAGCUGUUUGAAUUUAUGCAUGAAACUCAUGAUGGUGUCCAGGACAUGGCUUGUGAUACUUUUAUAAAAAUAGCACAAAAAUGUCGAAGGCACUUUGUUCAAGUCCAAGUUGGAGAGGUAAUGCCAUUUAUUGAUGAGAUCCUGAACAAUAUUAACACAAUUAUUUGUGAUCUUCAGCCACAACAGGUGCAUACUUUUUAUGAAGCAGUUGGAUACAUGAUUGGCGCUCAGACUGACCAGACGGUACAAGAACAUUUGAUAGAGAAAUACAUGUUACUCCCUAAUCAAGUAUGGGACAGCAUAAUUCAGCAAGCUACAAAAAAUGUUGAUAUUCUUAAAGACUCUGAAACAGUUAAGCAGUUGGGGAGUAUCCUGAAAACUAAUGUGAGGGCAUGUAAAGCUGUUGGGCAUCCAUUUGUGAUUCAGCUUGGAAGAAUCUACUUAGAUAUGCUGAAUGUGUAUAAGUGCCUAAGUGAAAACAUUUCUGCAGCUAUUCAAGCAAAUGGUGAAAUGGUUACAAAGCAACCUCUGAUUAGAAGUAUGAGAACAGUAAAAAGGGAAACUUUAAAACUCAUUUCUGGUUGGGUGAGCAGAUCUAAUGAUCCUCAGAUGGUAGCUGAAAACUUUGUUCCACCUUUGCUGGAUGCAGUUCUUAUUGAUUACCAGAGGAAUGUUCCAGCUGCCAGAGAACCAGAAGUGCUUAGUACAAUGGCUAUCAUAGUAAACAAGUUGGGGGGACACAUUACUGCUGAAAUACCUCAGAUAUUUGAUGCUGUCUUUGAAUGCACAUUGAAUAUGAUUAAUAAGGACUUUGAAGAGUAUCCUGAACACAGAACAAACUUUUUUUUAUUACUACAAGCAGUAAACUCCCAUUGCUUCCCAGCGUUCCUGGCCAUUCCACCUGCACAGUUCAAACUAGUAUUGGACUCUAUCAUUUGGGCUUUCAAGCAUACAAUGAGAAAUGUUGCAGAUACAGGCCUUCAGAUCCUUUAUACACUUCUACAAAAUGUUGCACAAGAAGAAGCUGCUGCCCAGAGCUUUUAUCAAACUUACUUCUGUGACAUUCUUCAGCACAUUUUUUCUGUUGUAACAGACACAUCUCAUACUGCUGGUUUGACAAUGCAUGCAUCAAUUCUUGCAUACAUGUUCAACUUAGUAGAAGAAGGAAAAAUAAGUACUCCCCUAAAUCCUGGAAAUCCAGUAAACAACCAAAUGUUUAUUCAAGAGUAUGUCGCUAAUCUUCUUAAAUCUGCAUUUCCUCAUCUGCAAGAUGCACAGGUUAAACUGUUUGUAACAGGACUCUUCAGUUUAAAUCAGGAUAUUCCUGCUUUCAAGGAACACCUUCGGGACUUCCUAGUGCAGAUAAAGGAAUUUGCAGGUGAAGACACAUCUGACUUAUUCCUGGAAGAAAGAGAGACAGCUCUUCGACAGGCUCAGGAGGAAAAACACAAACUUCAGAUGUCUGUCCCUGGCAUCCUUAAUCCACAUGAAAUUCCUGAGGAAAUGUGUGAUUAAAAAAAAUAACCAGUUUUGCUGUUUUCUUUCUGUACAGCUGCUUUGUUGUAGAAGAAAACAGGACUUGGAUAUUUGUUGACCAAAAUGAUGCCAAUUUGUAAAUUUAAGAUGUCACCUAGUGGCCCUUUUUUCUUAUGUGUUUUUGUAUAAGAAAUUUUCUGUGAAAUAUCCUUCCAUUGUUUAAGCUUUUUGUUUUGGUCAUCUUUAUUUAGAUUUGCAUGAAGUUGAAAAUUAAGGCAUUUUAAAAAUAAAACACUUCAUGCCCAUUUUGUGGCUAAGAGUAAAAAAAAAAAA